AUGGGCCCCUGUACCGCCUCCUCAUGCUGCUGCCAGGCCCGUAAUCUGCCAUGGGCCCCCGUACCGACUCCUCAUGCUGCUGCCAGGCCCGUAAUCUGUCAUGGGCCCCUGUACCGCCUCCUCAUGCUGCUGCCAGGUCCAGAGUGUGUCAUGGGUCCCUGUACGGCCUCCCAUUGCUGCUGUCUCCAUCGCCACACUCUGCCAUGUGCCACUUUCAGGUCUCCUCACACAGCUGGUGGGUUCCAUUUUUGUCAUAGGGUGCUGUAUGGCCUCCCAUUGCUGCUGCCUCCACCGCCACACUGUGGCUCCACACUCUGGUUUUGGCCCCGUGACUGCCCAAAUGAGUGAAGUGUGCGGUGUGAGUGAAGAUCGACGGCACUCAUCUGCAUGUCAUACUGACUGUCAGUAUUAUUUCUCUUCCCCAGCAGACUGCAAGGGCAUUUAAAUUAAAGGUACAGUGUUCUGCACUAAUAUAA